CGAGAGACCAGGAGGGUUGGAAGUCACUUCCUCCCGGGGACGCUGUUGCCUAGCAACCGCCUUCCGCCUCCAUCUUUUGCCCCGCCUCCCGCUUAUUCCAAUACCUGGUUUCCCAGACUGCCAGGCCCUGGCCGGAGGCGACAUCGGUGCUAGAGCCCAGCCGCUGGGUUCUCAGCCAACUUCAGUUUGAAUGAAUAACUCCAAUUAUUUAUUAACAAUUGUGUAAAAGUAGUGAAAAAGAAUAAUACACUAUGUCCGAUGAAAUCUUCAGCACAACUUUGGCAUAUACCAAGAGUCCAAAAGCUACCAAGAGAACUUCAUUUCAGGAUGAGCUGAUCAGAGCAAUUACAGCCCGGUCAGCCAGGCAGAGGAGUUCUGAAUACUCAGACGACUUUGACAGUGACGAGAUUGUUUCUUUAGGUGAAUUUUCAGAUACCUCAACUGAUGAAAGUCUAGUUAGAAAAAAGAUGAAUGAUUUUCAUAUAUCUGACGAUGAGGAAAAGAAUUCUCCAAGACUGUCUUUUUUGAAAACCAAGAAAGUAAACAGUGAUAUAUCCAAAGAUGAGCCGGAAUCUGUCACACAGAACAGUGAAGACAUAUCACCUGAUGUUCAUGAAGAUAGGAUUGGAAAUUCCUUUUCUGAAUCUCAAAAUGAUGAUCAAGAAGUUGGAAAAGAGAUCAUUACAAUAAAGCCUAAACCCAGAAUUCUUCCCAUCAAAGGAAAUACAUCUUCAGGGGAAGACAGCAGCAGGCAUGAAGCGGAUGGCCACAUUAAGCCUUCCCCUCGGCCAAGGAGCAUGAAAAAGAGCAGCCCCACGGAGGAGGGAGACAGACCAGGGGAUGAUAAAGGACGCUCCCCGAGUGAAGACUCUGCUCCCACGCCUUCCCUUCCAAGGCAGAAUGGCACGGAGUUGGAAACUGAGGAAAAAGUACACUCUGAGAACCUUGAUCUUGAGGACUCGCUCUUACAAAGUCUGACCUCGUCAUUGCUCAAAGAAAGCCCUGGAAAUUGCACUUCACCAGGAUCUCAGGAAAAAGCAUCCAUAAAAGAUCAUGAUGGAGAACCGACUGAAAUCUGGGAUUCCUUGAUAUCAAAUGAAAAUGAAGAAAAUCCGGUUUUGGUAAACUAUGUUACUCCUGAACUUGAGCAGCCCAAGGCAGGUCUCCCCAAGGCGGCUACAGAUGACACUGAAGAAGAAAAAGAGAAAGCUGCAUUUACUGAUGAUGACUUCACUACUGACCCACUGCUCUCCACGUCCCCGAGUGUCAUAACACCCACUGAGACAGCAGAGCCAACCAAGAAAUCAAAUGAAGACCGAAACAUGAAGAAUAAAAAGUCAACGACUAAUAGAAUAUCCAGUGCCUCUGGCAGGCUUAUGACCUCUGAGUUUUUAAAGAAAUCUGGCCCCACAAGGAGAAGUCCAUCUGCAGCUGCCUCUUCCCACUAUUUAGGGUCUUUGAAAGUCUUGGACAAGAAGCCAUCACGGAAGCAGAGCCUGGAGCCAGAUAAAGCUGAUCACAUCAGGGCAGCUGUUUAUCAGGAGUGGUUAGAAAAGAAAAAUGUGUAUUUACAUGAAAUGCACAGAAUAAAAAGAAUUGAAAGUGAAAACUUAAGGAUCCAAAAUGAACAGAAAAGAGCUGCUAAGAGAGAGGAAGCAUUAGCAUCAUUUGAGGCCUGGAAGGCUAUGAAAGAAAAGGAAGCAAAGAAAAUAGCUGCAAAAAAGAGGCUGGAGGAAAAGAACAAGAAGAAAACAGAAGAAGAGAAUGCCGUGAGGAAAGGCGAGGCCCUGCAGGCAUUUGAAAAAUGGAAAGAAAAAAAGCUGGAAUACCUGAAAGAGAAGACCAGGAAGGAGAAAGAAUAUGAAAGAGCAAAGAAACAGAAAGAAGAAGAAACAGUCGCUGAGAAAAAGAAAGACAGUCUAACUGCUUUUGAGAAAUGGAGUGAAAAAAAGGAAGCCCUUCUCAAGCAAAAGGAAAAGGAGAAAAUAAACGAGAGAAGAAAGGAAGAGCUGAAGAGAGCGGAGAAGAAAGACAAAGACAAGCAAGCCAUCAGUGAAUACGAAAAGUGGCUGGAAAAGAAAGAAAGGCAGGAAAGGAUUGAACGGAAACAAAAGAAGCGUCAUUCCUUCCUUGAAAGUGAGAUACACCCUCCGUGGAGCCCUCCGAGCAGAACUCUGCCCUCAAAAGUAUUUUGACAAUUCCGGUUCUUGAUUUAUCAGUUCACCAACUUUACCCAUGGAUUUAAAACCAUUCAUCUUAUUAUUUCUGGUUAGAAGAAUCUAUUUUAAUUACCUGCAGGAACUUCUGUGGAGCAUGAAAGAGAUACUUCACAGUUUAAUCAAUGGAAGCAAUUAUCUGAAGUGUAGAUCAACUGCCUCAGACAAGAAGCCAGUCGGAUUGCUGGGACAAUCCAGAUGCAUGAAGCUUUAUCAUGUCCUAAUCAUUCCUGAAGUGGGGUGGUCUGUGGUCACUGUCACUGAGUUCUGUGUCUUUUUAUAGCAUGUUUGACCCCACCGAUGGAAGGAUGCCAUCUAGGUACCACAGUCAUAGGAAUGAUUCAGUCCCUGGAAGCUUAUGCUUCUCCAUUGAAGUUUGGGAAUUAAGGGUCCCUGGGGAGUAUGGACAUGUGCCAUCUAACAUGAGUUUUCAGCUCAGAGCAGCAUCUUGCUAUGCAAGUUAGAAUUGCAAUCAGUUAAGGCCUCAGAGCUUUCGUCAGUAAAGUCACUUUAGUUAAGAACUUGGCCUUAUGGUUUAGUCUCAGUGUGUGUUGCCUGUGUGGGACUUACCUGACAAUCGAAGCCACUUCUAUAAUGGGCUCACUUCUGAAAUUUUUCUUUCUAAGUUUGAUUUCAAUUUGCUCAUUAUUUGCUUAACACCAAAAGCCACCAGUUUGAUGGUAGUGGUGUCUUAUAUAGUAGUUGUGAAAAUUUCAUAGGGGUUCAGGGUCAUUAUCAAAAUUCUUUCUAGACUAAAGGUAUAAAGAUAAAUGAAGGCAACUCCCACCUUCUAGACUGUUUCAACUUGUACUUAGAGGCAGCUGAAUAAGAAAGUAAAUUUGGAAAAAUAUUGAAGAACUUGUAUUUAUUUAUAUUUAUUUGACUUCUUCUCCCAGUAUGAACUGGUCCGAUACUGGACUGGUCAUCUCUUAAAACAGACCAGUUGUUGUAAUGCUGCUGUAGGCAAUAAUGCAAUGCAGAGACAAUCGAUGUGAAGCGUAGUUGUUACUGUUCACUAAGCUCUUAUGUCAUCUCUGCUGUUACAAGUAUAAUUUGUCAAUUUUGUAACAACGAUUCAGGGUAGGUGUUAUUAGCUUUAUUGUGCAGAUAAAAAAUACUGAGGCUUAGAAAGUCCAAAAUAACUUGCCAUACAGCUAACAUAUGAGUCGUGGGACCAAAACCCAUUGUCUCCCUUGAGACCUUUGUGACCUCAGAGACUGUGGCUGACUUCUGACUUCAACCUUGCAAAUGUUUGAUACUCCCAGGGUGUAAAUCAUGCACUGUUGGUGAGACAUGCUCCUUUCUUAGUGCCUCCAGAUGCUAGACCUCCUUACAUAUAUAAAAUGAAGUGAGGAUUCAUGGGAUUUUGUAUGUUCAUCUUAGUGUCAACAAAGCCAGCAGAUUAUGUGAAACCCAACUAUAGAAUGUGCACAAAACAGAAGUCAUGCACUGCUUUGUAGUAUUACAGAGCAUAUCAAAUCACAUGACAGACAUCCACAGAUGAAGCUAGAAGCCUUUGAUACUGCCAGAAGUUGCCACUGAAAGAUUAUCAGCAGUGUGAGUUAUGGGAUUUAGGACUGGAAUUUGUGUGAUUUCCCAUGAACAACCAAGCCUGCUAGAAUAGAUUCAUAUAGGCUUCUUGUGCUGAAGUAAAUAGGUAGAGAUAAAAAGGUUUUGCACAUUGUAAGGAAUGAAAAGGAAGAUCAGACAAAGGUGUGGCUCUCCCAUGGCCACUUUCUACAGUGUUGUAUUUGUUAUUGCUGUUAGCUCUUAAAUCAUGCAAAAUGGAUGAUAUCAGUUAACUCAUGUGAAGUAUUUGGAACAUAAGGACUCAGCAAAUAUUCAUUAUCAUAUUAUUUACCACAGUGCCCACUUCAUGGACUUGAGAUCAGUGUGGGGUGAGCAGGACAGUAGUUAUUUGGCAUACAUUUUUAGCAUACACAAGAACUCAGUCUUCUGGUCCUUCUUUGAUGUACCCAUCACAGUCAAGUGCUGCCAGGAAAAGGACCGUCUGAGAAGACACCUGAAUACUGUUUAUUUGUUUUUUAAGAUUGUUUCUGAAGAGAAUUAAGUGACAAGUGAAGAUAUUCCCAGUGGCCCAAAAUGUCAUUCCCUCAAAUAUGAUUUAGGAUGAGUAUGUUUAUAUAGUAAAUAAAAAGUUUUUACCAACUUACAACAACCUGUAUUUAAUCUGUAUAGAAUUUAUCUAGUUCAAUAAAAUUUCCCCUUCUGCUGUAGCAAAAAUAAAACAGAGCAUUGGACAGUGAGUGAACAUCCAGUUCUGUAAUGUGGCAGUCUGAGUUCCAGAGGGAAGAACCUGGUAAGAUUAUCUUAAUGUAUUUGCCUGCUUAAGAAAUGAGACUUUUUCAUAUUUCCUUUAAAAGUACCAAAUAUUGAUAUAGAUAUUUAUAAUAAUGAAAAAUAAAACUCUUACAUCAAAGUAAGUUCCAUAAUAACAGCAAAAAGAUAUCAUGCAUAUCAAAAGGAAUAAAAUGCUACUUUAGAUGUGGAAGAGUUAAUGUUUCCUUAAGGAAAUAGGCUAAGAACAACUCGGAGUAAUGGUAUUCCAGUAGCCUAUGUGUGUGUCACUCUGGAAGGUGCUGGUUCACUGGUUUAGAUUGUAAAGAUAGUUGAUGUUUUUAUUGUUGCCAAAGUGGUACCUCGCAGGAGCUUGGUAGCCACAGUUGGAUAUUCUUUGGAGUGAUGUAGCUGUUAAUCAACCUGGACCAGACUGUUUCUGUGCUGAAUAAUGUGAUGUCCAACACUUUUGCCAACCUCAGAUGCCUGGUGUUAUCAUUCAGGUCAACAGCAGGCCCUUUGCCUAUCACUCCACAGUUGUGGUAGUCUGCUAAAAUGCUCACGCAAAGUUUCGUUAGUGGUAGCUGGUUGUGGCUCUCUCCUGUUUCCCUUUUCUCCCCAGCCUUCCAGGAGAACAGCUGUUUGGGUGCUCACACUGCUAUUGAAAUCUGAGGAAAUAGUGGCACUUCUUACAUCCUAAGUCAUAGCCUAAGAUACAAUAGAGACAGGAGGUCUCACAAAACAGGGAAAAGUGCAUGCUAGUCAAAAUCAUUCUCAAAAAUAAGACAGUACCAGAAACAAAUUUGCCUAAUUUAAUCCUGAUUCUUAGUUCAGUUGUACUGUUCUAAAAGGCAUUUGAAAACCCGUAUGUGUCCAUUCUACACAAAGCAAAUAUGUUAUUGAUUUUCCUCGUCCCUAGUUACACUGACUGAUAGAAUAAUGGAAUGCUAUGUAGGUGAUGAACUGGAGACUCAAUCCCUUUUAUUUUAAAAUGUCAUGUGAUACUGCUAGUUUGAAAUGUUGUGCUACAUAGAGUGGUCACUGUAUAAGGGUAACCAGAGUAUGUGAAAUUCUUGGUGCUGAACUUAGGGUGUCUUUGGGGUUAUUAGGGGAGAUAUAUUUAAUGCCUGUUCCAUAGUAAUACAUUUUUGUUUCAUACUUAAUUUAUUAAAGUUAACCAUUCGUGGUUUAUUUUAUUGAGUGUUAUAAAUUUAUUGGCUAUAUGCCAAGUGUUAAUAAAUGUGAUGUAUGUUUAUUUCUGAGCUAACGAUAAAAUAUGUCAUGUUGAUACAUGUUUAUUGGAAAUGAAUAGUGGACAGGAAGUAAUUUUCAAUGUAAGAUUUGGAUAUGAAACUGAUUUUACUGUACAGAUUGCAAAUGUGACAGAAUUAUUAUGUGAUUAGAAAACACAGAUUAGUGAAGUCAAUGUAUUUCCAUUCCUCCAUGAUAACUGCAUUUAACCCGUUAUUUCCACUCACCUGUCUUUAUUUUCUAGUGAGUACACUACUGUUGCUGAAUGUAAGGGAUGAGGGGGGAGCUCCUUCUCUGCUCCUGGGUCCCUGUCUCUCUCCUCUCUCUCUGUCUUCUGUAUUAUCUAAGUGUAUAUACAUAUAUGUAUGCGUUUAUAAUCUGUAUUUGAUCAUUGAAAUAAAAAUGAGAUCAAGCCAC